GGUGAGAGUCUUCGAAAAUGGAUACAUAUAAAAUGAGGUGAAGAGCUGUCAACGGUCAGUCGGUGCUCAAAAAUUGGUCAAACCUGAAUCGGAGGAAAAAGACAACAACCACAAAAUGAAAAUCAAACAAAGUGGAGUGUCUUACCUUAGCGGUACCAAAUACGAUAAAAUGGAGAAAAUUUGGUCAGGACCCAAGUCUAAGGAAAUCUAUAGCCGUGACAUGACUGUGGGCGAGGCCAUAGUCUUGCAGCUGCGUAAGACACCACAAAGAGUGAUACAAAUUUUGGAAUCAACCGGAGAAUCUCUGACAGCUCAAGAGUUUUUGGACCACAGUAUGGCAUUGGCCAAGAAUAUGCUGGAAAUGGGCAUAGUGGCGGGUGAUAUUGUGGGUGGUUAUGCCAAAAUGUCGUUGCAUUUGGGCACCGUUAUGUUGGCUUCAUUCCUGUGUGGUACCCCAGUGCAUGGGGUGUUCCAGAGUUUUGAAAAAGACAUCAUCGCAAACAUCUAUGCAACCACCCGCCCCAAGAUAAUCUUCUGUGAUGCUGAAAAUUACAAGAAUGCCCUGUAUGUCGUGCAAAAGUUACAGUUGGAUGCCAAAAUUAUUUUGAUGACCGGCAGCACAGAGGGUGUUUUAAACAUCAAGGAUUUGGUAAAGAAACGUGAGGACGUUGAUGACCUAUCAAUUUUCCCCUGCACAAAAAUGACCAGUUCUGAUACAGCAGCCAUAUUGAGUUCAUCGGGUACAACUGGUACACCCAAAGGCAUUUUGUGUUCCCAUCAUGCCAUGCUCCACAAUGUUCCCUAUCUCAACGCCACCAUGGAUUCGGUGCUAAUGUGUUUCAGUUCAAUGUUUUGGGCUACUGGCGUAACACACUUCGUGCAGGGUUUACUGUACUCGGCACUGCGCAUUGUUCCCGAUCGGCCGUAUCGACCAGAAUAUUUUCUUGAUGUCAUCAAACGUUACAAGGUAACACAUUGUUUUGCCACCAGUGCUCAAAUAGCCGACUGGGUAAUGAAUAUUAACGAAGAUGUUAUACGUACUGCCCUGCGGUCCAUUGACACUCUAAUGACAGGUGGUUCUGCAGUUCCACAACCCAUCCAAGAUAAAAUAAUAGACAUACUCAGCAACAAUACCAAACGCCCCGGGUUCGUUAUGAUUUAUGGUUCAUCAGAGAUUUUCCUGGGCUGUAGCAUCAAUGGUGGUUAUCCCUACGAAUCCAAAGCUAAGACUGUGGGCAAACUCUGGCUCAACCGUGAGGUGUGUAUUGUCGAUGAAAAUGGCAAGCGUCUGGGCCCCAAUGAAACGGGAGAAAUUUAUGUUCACACACCCAACAUAUGGAUGGGUUAUUAUGAGAAUCCAAAGGCCACAGCCCAGGCAAAGGACGGGAAAUGGAUAAGGACUGGCGAUUUGGGUUGCUUCGAUGAAGAGGGUUUCCUUCAUUUGAUGGGACGUUCCAAGGAGAUGAUCAAAUGGAUUAGUUUCCAAAUAUCUCCCCAAGCCAUUGAGGAGUUGUUGGAGCCUCUACCAGGAGUGGCAGAGGUAUGUGUGUUUGGUGUACCAGAUCUGGCGGCAGGCAGUUUGGUGGCAUGCGGUAUUGUGAGAACUCCAGAUAAAGAAGGUGAUCUUCUCACUGAGGAAAUGGUAAAUGAAUAUCUUGAAUCCAAAAUGGAUGGUUUAUAUCUGUUGCGUGGUGGUGUUUAUUUCAUCGAUGCCCUGCCACGAACAGACACCGGCAAAGUGCAGCGUCUGAAAAUGUUACAACUUAUUGAAGAAGAAAUCGAUAGAUAAUAAUUUGGAAUACUUUUUAAUUUAUUAGGUUAUAUAUUUUAGAAUGUAUGUAUUUAAUAUAAGUAAUUUAAGUAUAUGUCUAAACAAAUGAAUCUUAAUAAAGUAAUUAUCUUGUCAGGAAAA